AUGUCUCAUCGUAAAUUCUCCGCGCCUACCCAUGGCUCUAUGGCGUUCUACCCCAAGAAGCGAUCAGCUCGCCAUCGUGGUAAGGUUAAGGCCUUCCCCAAGGAUGAUGACAGCAAACCAGUGCAUUUAACAUGCUUCAUUGGUUACAAAGCUGGUAUGACACACAUCGUUCGUGAAGCGGCCCGUCCUGGAUCCAAGAUCAAUAAGAAGGAGGUUGUUGAAGCCGUAACUGUUUUGGAAACUCCACCAAUGAUUGUUGUUGGUGCUGUAGGUUACAUUGAGACUCCCUACGGUCUCCGUGCUCUCGUCAAUGUAUGGGCACAACACUUAUCCGAGGAGUGCCGUCGCCGUUUCUACAAGAACUGGUACAAAUCAAAGAAGAAGGCUUUCACCAAAUCCAGCAAGAAAUGGGAAGUUGAUUUGGGCAAGAAGAGCAUUGAAAAUGACUUCCGCAAGAUGCUCCGUUACUGCAAGGUCAUCCGCGUUAUUGCUCAUUCACAGAUCCGUUUGAUUAAGCAACGCCAAGAGAAGGCCCAUAUCAUGGAAGUCCAAUUGAACGGUGGUUCUAUUGAAGAUAAGGUUAAAUGGGUUCGUGAGAACUUGGAGAAACCUGUGCAAGUAAGCAAUGUCUUCGGACAGGAUGAGAUGAUUGAUUGCGUUGGUGUUAUCAAAGGUAAAAGUUUCAAGGGUGUUACUGCUCGUUGGCACGCCAAGAAAUUGCCACGUAAGACGCACAAGGGUCUGCGCAAGGUUGCUUAUAUUGGAGCCUGGCAUCCAUUCCGUGUGUCCUUCACCGUCGCACGUGCCGGUCAAAAGGGUUACCAUCACCGUACCGAAAUCAACAAGAGCAAGGUUAUCAAAAAUAACGCCUCCACCGAGUACGAUUUCACCGAUAAGAGCAUUACACCCAUGGGUGGUUUCCCCCAUUAUGGUGAAGUCACCAAUGACUUCGUCAUGCUCAAGGGUUGUUGYAUUGGCUCCAAGAAGCGUGUGCUCACACUCCGCAAGUCUUUGCUGAAACACACCAAGCGCUCUGCUUUGGAACAAAUCAAACUCAAGUUCMUCGACACAUCGUCGAAGAUGGGUCAUGGUCGUUUCCAAACCCCAGCCGACAAAUUGGCAUUCAUGGGUCCACUCAAGAAGGAUCGCAUCAAGGAGGAGGUUGCCGCCGCUGGUGCUGCCACCACUUCGGCGACCGCAUAAAUGUAAAUUUCUGUUUGUUAAUUGUAUUAACACUUCAUUACCACAUUGAUUGUGGUAUAAAAUAAAAUAAAUAGUAAA